AUGAGACUUCACAGUCUCGCCGCCCAAUUUCUUACAGCCGCCUCCAACACCGCCUUUCUCAUCACAGACGAAGGCGUCAGAUGCCGCAGUGGUCCAACGACAAGCCAUGCCAUCCAGCGACAAUUCACCAAGGGUACUGAUGGGACCAUCACCUACCAAACCGAGGGCACCAACAUCGAAGGGAACACUCUCUGGGACAAGACGACGUUCGGAUGUUUCGUGUCCGACUACUACGUCGCUACAGGGUCAAGCGGGUACGUGACCUCGAAGUGCCGUUCGUGUAGACCGCCCAAAUCGAACGCUGCGACUGUCAAUCUGAUCGCUAGCUUCGAGGGCUUCAGGCCUGAUGUUUACAACGAUCCGACUGGAAAUCCGACGGUGGGGUAUGGUCAUCUAUGUGACGCGCCUCAAUGCAGUGAAGUCAAGUAUCCGAUCCCGCUUUCCGUUGUGAACGGAAAGAAGCUACUAGCAGAUGACAUGAAGGAGUUCGAAGUCUGUAUCACAGCCAUGCUGAACAGCAAGGCAAAGCUCAACAGGAACCAGUACGGCGCGCUCAUAAGCUGGGCUUUCAACAUGGGCUGCGGCAAUGCUGAAUCGUCUACCCUCAUUGGGCGUCUGAAUAACUGCGAGGAUCCCAAUACGGUAAUCUCACAAGAACUUCCUCAGUGGGAGUACGCCAGUGGCCAACGGCUUCCGGGCUUGCUUCGUCGACGGAAUGCGGAGAUUGAGUUGGCUCAGAAGCCGACACGCCGCAGAGCUUUACCGAAGAGAUGCUAA